UAGUCCAGCUAUUUAAUCGCUUUGGUCAGAUUUCCGGAAUCUCCGGCACUACAUUUUAUUGUAUUCAUGAUCGGAGUGUGUAUGAUCGGUGGCUUAUCAGAUCUCUGGACAGUGCUUCUUGGUGGCAAUCUGGAAUUGACAAUUGUAAUGAGUGUUGUGAAUACGGGGUUGGCUUGUGUUAUGAUACCAUUUUGGACGCUUACACUGGGCCAAGCGCUGUCUGUAAUUCAAAAGCCUCUAGAGAUUGAUUACACCUAUUUUAUUGGCCAUAUAUUUUAUUUGGUCUGUCCGAUAUUUGUUGGUUCCAUAAUCAGUCUUCCGAUUCGAUGUUGCUUUCCACGUUUUUCGAGGCUUGUAGUGAUAAUUCUGCGAUUGAUUUCACCGAUUUAUAUUUGUUGCGUUCUCGCAAAUGCUUUUUUGGAAAAUGUUGACAUGUUUAUACCACAUAAUAUUCCUUCACAAUUCUCAUGGACGUACAUUGUGGCCGGAACACUUUUGACGUGUGUCCAUUACAUGAUUGGAUGUCUAGCCGCAUUGAAGCUUAAACAAAGGUACAAAGAGAAAUUAGCAAUUGCAGCGCAAACAAUCAACAAAAAUGCAACAAUUUCUAUGUCAAUAAUGUAUCCAAACUUAUUUUAUGCCGAACGGGAAGAGGCAAUGUUUCUCUCCGCUGUUGUAAUUAUGGCUACACCACUGCCACUGCUAGCUCAUGUAAUCCUGCACAAAAUUGGACAAACCAGAGGCACAGUAUCAAUCACAAAAAGCGAUUUGAAAUAGUAUUGGAAUAAGUUCAUUUAUUUAUGAGUUUAAAAUUUAUCAAUAAAAGUAAAAUGUACAAGUGUUGCUACAUCAAUGC